GAAGAAGUAAGUAUAAAAUGGAGAUGUGUAGAACAAGGAUAAAUGUUGCAGAGAAUGGGGAGAAAACUCAUAGUCACGAGAUUAUCUUUUUACAUUACACAGGACAAGCUGCAGAAGUUGUUCGCUCCGUUCGGACAAGUUGCUAGUGUUAAUCUCGUGUUGGAUCCUAGAACUAAAAGACCCAAAGGGUAUGGGUUUGUCUCCUACAACACUGAAAUUGAAGCGGAAAAGGCUCUGAAAGCCAUGAAUGGCAGGAUUGUUGAUGGAAGGCUGCUUUUGGUUGAACCUGCCCGCGAUAAAUGAUCUGGGAAGACCCUGCCUCAUACUCGUCCAUGAACUAAUCUUUUCUGUUUUCACCGUACCUAGAGUAAAACUUGAUCAAUAAUCAAGGCUCCUCGUGUUUUUUUUUUUUUUUCUUUUUUUAUGUUCAUGGCUCCUCGGUUUUUUAUGCUUUGUCUUCAAACAAUGAACAAUAUUACAUCGUGCGAAACACUUAUAAAUCUCAAUAGUUUGACCCUUUAGUUAUUUUCAGGUAGGUACUAUUUUAAUAUAAAAUAGGUUUAUGAUGUAUGAAUAAUCCUAUAAAUAUAAUUAGCAUUUUUCAAGGGAUACUGAAUUCACAAUCCUAAAUAUACUUGCUUACUCAUUUGAUUUCAUUCUCUUAUUGAUUUCAGCGUUGAAGAGUCUUUGCAGUGUUUUGCAGGUAGAUUUCUCCUCUUGGGAACAAGAGAAAGUCGACAAAAAGCCCUGAGAAACGAUCGCCGCUUGGCCAAAGAUUCACAUUCAAUCCCCGUUAAGAUCUCUAAUUAAAAAAUAUAAAUAAACUCACUUGUAGUUUAGACAUUAACUUCAAAUUUUAAAUUUGAAAACAUUACAAGUUCUAUUCUGUUUAUUCUGAUAUAUUAAACAAUCCACUGUUUUUUUU